AUGGGGCACAACCACGAGCUCGGUUUCCUGCGCCCCUGCGCGGCGCCCUCCGUGCAGCAGCCGCCGGCGCGCCGCCGCCCGCCGCACGCCGGCGGAGCCUGGGGCAGGCGCGGCGGCGGCGCGACGGAGCCCCGCGCCUCGGCUCCCGAUGCCCUCGCGGGGCGCAGCGCUGGCGCCGCCUCGCUGCUGGCGGCCCUCGCAGCGGCGGCUCGCCUGCGGCCAGGCAGCAGGAGGCGGGGGCCCGCGCAGCGGCACGCGCUGGCCAGCGCGGAGGCCACCAUCGGGGGCCUCACCGUCGCCGAGGUCGAGCAGCGCUGGGAGGAGGUGGAGGCGCUCGGGCGCAAGCCGCAGGAGAUCGCCAAGCUGUGCGCGCUGCUGUGCUGCGUGCACCGCGAGCUGGGCUACUUCGCCGCGCUCCACGAGGGCUCCGUGGGGAGCGGCAAGGUCGUGGGCACGGCACCGUCCCUUCCCAUCGUGCUGAGCUGGGAAGGCCCCGGCGGCCUGGAAGACACGUACGGGAUGUGCUUGUCGCGGGGCAGCGGUGACACGCUGCUGCAGGAGCUCCUCGAGUGCGUGAAGCAGACGCAGAAAGAUAAGCGCUGGGGCGAGGCUGGCGAGAACAACGCCACGCUCCGCGCGAAGGUCUCGCUGCUGCGGGGUUUUAAGGACAUCUCUGGGUCCCCCCUGGACUGGGCGCCUGGCAAGCAUGGGCUUUGGUACCACACUGGGCAGGACGGCGUCUCUCGGGUCUACUUGCCGGAGGUUGCCGAGCGCGUCGCGGGCGCCGCGGCCCCUCCCGCGGCGGCUGAUGCGGAAGGCGGCGAGGCGCCAGGCGGCCCCGACCUGGAACGCGUUUUGUGGGCGCUCGCCACGGACUACCAGAGGGAGGACGAGGACGAGGAGGACCAGUACGACGAGGGCGAGGAGGCGGAGGCCGACCUGCGAGGCAGCGCGCUACCCGAGGGCUGCACGCUGUACCGGUUCGAGGUGCUGCGGGGCGAUUGCCCGCUGUCGAACCUGCCGACCAUGAAGACGCGGAUGAUGACCCGCGAGAGCUCGGAGGAGUUGCUGAGGGCGCAGUCUCCCUACCAAAAUUGGAUAGCGGACAACAGCGAGCUGGACCCCGAGUCCACGAAAUUGGGCGUACCCGUCCUGCUCAGCAAGGACCUGGACGACCCCGUGCUGGUGAAGAAGGCAGGCGAGAGGAGGUCUGGCAAGGUGGUCGCGAAGUGGAACAAGGUGAUCAAGGGCAUACCCACGCCGGACGGGGAGUGGCUCGAGAACGCCGUGGGCCAGUUCCUCCCGAUGAAGCUGGGCGGCACGACCGUUCUGCGAAAGGCCUACCAGGAGGACGGCGCCGCCGCGCGCUUUGCGGCGCUCACGGCGAGCGGCAGCGACAGCUCCCCGGGGGGCGUGCGAGCGUUCGUGGUGCCGCAGUUCGGGGCCUACGGCUCCAACGAGAGCAGCUUCAUGGACGGGUUUCGCCCCGUCGACGCCGCGGCGAGCUCGCGCAGCGCCGGGCUCGAGAAGGUCCGCCGCAUCUUCGUGAUCGCCUCCGUGUGGGACUGCUACAUCGACGGGUGCGGGCUCCCGGAGCGCAGGUGCGCCUGGUACAACCCCCCGGGGCUGCACAGCAAGAUCCCGCUCGACCUGGUGGUCAUCGACAAGCUGAGGAAGACGGGCUUGUUCACGGAGCUGACGGUGGAGCAGGACGUGCAGGAGCGCGCCAUCGAGGUGUUGCUGCCGCUCGUGGGGAGCUGCCUGGAAGGCAGGGACUUCACGCUGAUCCCCAUCUACGUAGGCGGGCUGAUGAGUGAGCGGGCCGACCAGAUCACGAAGGUCCUGGCGCCGUACCUCGGAGACGCGUCCAACCUGUUCGUGGUCGCUGGCAGCAUCGAUUCGCUGGCCUCGGUGGGCUUCGGCCCGUCGCCGGGCGCCACGGAGCCCUGGACCAAGUCCGUGCCCAUGCUGGUGCGGCAGCGGGACCAGGUGAUCCCCACCCUGGACGCCCUGGACCUUUUCCUGCAAGCCGCGGAGGCGGUCCCGGACGGGAGGAAGCUGAGCUUGCAGAGUUAUUGGUAG